GGGAACAGCGUAUGCUUGUAUACAACCCUGAUUUCCAUUUUUUUCCCAACUCGUAAUGUAUUUAAUUCAAGUGAAACGUAAUCAUGACGUGUCGUGUCAUUAAUCUCCUCGCCGCCUCUCCCGAAAUUCUAGGAGGAGGCCACCUCAGAAGUUUACUAACCCUCAGCCGAGACACUAAAGAAUGGCAUAACUUCACACACACUGCUGAGGAUGGAUUCUCCACCAGAGUGUGUGUUGGCUCUUUCUUGUGAACAGCCCCAUUCACCCCAAACGCUGCCAUCUCUGGACCACAGUCCCCAAACUUCAUCUCCUCUACCUGAUAGUCCUGUUGUCCUGCCCAUUCAUAGCCCGGAACCAUCCCCGCAGAGCCCCGACACAACGCCGUACUUCCCCCUCUCUCCCUUCCCCCUCCAAGAGGACAAUAACAACAACUGCCUCAAUGUUGAUGGACAAGAGUGCGAAGAAGAGCUAGAUGGAAUUCCUCCAUCCCCGACACCAGCGGUGGCUUUGUUUCCAGGGGGAGGGGCUCAAGAAGCUGGACGUAGCCCUGGUUUUGACUCCUCUCCACCGGAUACACCUUCAGCUCCAUUUCUUGGGUACGGUGCCCUGGAGCUGGCCCUUUCUUCAGGGCCAAGUGGAAACUGCGGCGACGAGUUAGACCUCCAGCUGUUCCAAAAAGAAACUGUCACCAGGUCCAUACCUGGAGUUGGAGGGGCCUCGCCUGGGCCUGCGCUCAAGUUUCCCUGUCAUGUUUGCGGGAAGAGGUUCCGAUUCCAAAGUAUUCUGUCUCUUCACGCUCGAGCUCACAGUUUGGACCGAGAGCGCAGAGCUUCAUCCCUAUACCGGACUAGACCUUCCUCAUCUCCCCUUAAGCACCAUCUUAAAUUUCAGCAAAACCACAGAGACUUCAUACCGAAUCAUAGAAGUCACACCAACCAGCGUUUGCUACCAAGAACUCUGAUCCAGCACCUCGCAGAAAAAGAAGUUGUUAAUGGUGAGGAUAAAAGUUUAGACGACCAGAACCCAAAUUUUUUAAUGAAUGAGAGCACACCCUUGACCCCUCCCCUUACAGAGGACCCUGUGUCAGUGACCUCUCCCUACUCUGCUUCUGGUGAGACCUCGUCUCUUUCUACGGCACCUACGUUUCGCUGCCAUGCCUGCAAAGGAAAAUUCCGCACAGCUUCAGAGUUGGCACGUCAUGUCCGUAUUCUCCACAACCCUUACAAAUGCACCCUUUGCCCUUUUUCUGCCAGCCAAGAAGAGAGUCUGGCAAGUCACUUACAAGAGUGCCACCCAUCUCCCGAGGUACCUGCUUUGACAACAACCUUUAACUGUAGAACCAUUAUUGACACACCAGUACCCACCCCGACAAAUACCCCAGCCACAACCCCAAGUAACCCUCAGUUGACUUCAGCUGUGUCCUCCUCACUGCCAGCUUUUCGCUGCGAUACGUGUGGCCAGAGGUUUACCCAGUCUUGGUUCCUGAAAGGACAUAUGCGAAAGCACAAGGAUUCUUUGGACCAUAAGUGCCAAGUGUGUGGCCGUGGCUUCAAGGAGCCUUGGUUCCUGAAAAACCACAUGAAAGUUCAUCUCAACAAGCUUGGUCUGAAGGCUGGAUUGGGAACCUCCGGGGUACUUGGGGGUGUUGAGGAUCAGUCCAAAGGCUCUGCUAGCAAUCAGUCUCUUAACACUCUCUACUCGAGCCUUCUUCUGGCUCAGCGAGGUGGUGGAGUCAGAGGUAGACAAGGCAGGUCUGCUAGGGAAACUGGGGGUAGAACUGAGAUGAACUUAAGCAAGUCAGCCAUACUGGGAUAUCUUGGCUUGCCCAGUGAUGGCAGUGGGGCCAGCUGCAUGGAGAGACUUCAGGCUGUGGCUCAGGUGGCAGAGAUGGGAAAUAGUAGUGGUGUGGUCAACUCAGGAGGAGGAGACCAAGUUAGUGGAGUGGGAACCACUAGAGGCGAAACCGCUGCAACUAUUUCAGAUGGCGGGGACCAAGCAACUUGGUGGCAGCUGGUUGCUCGAAGCCUGGCAGUGGCUCAGCAGCAGCAGCAGCAGAGGCCCCAGCAGCGAGGCCAGCGGUCUCAAGGUCGAAGUUCAGUAAUUGCAGAGGCCGACCAAGCCAGAGCCUACCGCUCGAGCCUGGAUAUUAGAGGUGAGAUGGGAGGGCCGUGGGAAUGCCCAGACUGUGGAAAACUGUUCCGCAGCCUGCAGCAGGUGGUGGUGCAUGCUCGCGUUCACGCUCAGAGGUCACAGAAAGGAGGUAGCAGUGAAGAGGAGGGGACUGGUAGUCACAGAGGAGCGGGGCUCGGAAGAGGAGGUGAAGCAAGACCAGAAUCCCAGCAACAUCUUGGUGGAUCCCAACAAAUGGGAGAAGUAAGACAGGAAUCCAAGCUGAACAGUGGUGGAUCACAGCAAGCAGGAGCAGUCAGUGGGUUUCACUCUGUCAUUUCCAACUUCAAAGGUGAAAACGGCUUCACAGCAGUCUCCUCCUUACACUCAAUUCCCAGCAGGGAGCGAGUGCGUGGCAGAGGGAUAAAAGACUGCCCCUACUGUGGCAAAGCCUUCCGCUCCUCACACCAUCUCAAAGUGCACCUGAGGGUUCACACAGGUGAGAGACCAUACAAAUGCCCUCACUGUGACUAUGCAGGGACUCAGUCGGGCUCUCUGAAGUACCACCUCCAGCGACACCACAGAGAGCAACGCAAUGCCUUAUCAGCCUCCUCCAAUUCCUCCUCUGGUUUCUCUUCCACCAUCAGCACUUUAACAUCUGGGACUUCCGGACUGGCCAAACAGCGUAGAUCGCAACACAAUCACAGCCCGGUCAGCCAAGCCUCAGCCGACACGCCCACAGCACGGCCCAGCCAGCAAUCCUGGCUCCUGGGGCUUCCAGACCAGCGCGGGCAUCGUAAGGCUUUGGCAGCUCUAAGGGACGUGGACUUGGAAACCCAGUACAGGUAUCUGUCUGGGGUAAUGGGGGCUUUUUACCAAGGAGGAAUGGAAGGAAGAGGCUGGAUUAGGGAGUCUCCUCCACCAAAGACCCCUAAAGUGUCUCGGCGUAAGCCCCUAACUACAAGCCGGAUGGUUCAGCCACCAAGUGAGAAAGACGGACCAGUUUCCACAACUCAAGAUGGCGGAUUUGAACCUUUGGAUCUUUCCCGUCGCACUUCACCAGGCCCUGGAGAGAUGGAGGAGAAUGAAAGCAUGAGUGCAGUAGACAGAGGAGUUGUUUACGGUGGAGAUGGUGGAAGUGAUAGUUUGACAGGGGUCAAACUUAGUCAGUGUUUGUUCUGCCCUUUCCAUACUUCUUCAGCAGAGCUGAUGGCCAUGCAUGUACAAGUCAACCACACCAGUAAGUCCAGGCGCAAGAGAAGUUCCUCAACUUUAAUGAACAGUGGAACCCAAAGGGCUGCCAGGCCAUUGAUGGACAACUUGGACCAUGACCCUCUGAGAUUAUGGAGGCGUGUGAGUGAAGGAGAGCCCCAGAUCCCUCUGAGGGAGUGGCCCUCAGCUCAGGUCCAGACCCUUAAUGGUCACCCUGAACAUACAGCAGAGCACCUGCGUAAUGCUCUUCACAACGCAGAGUCCAUGUCUUCAGUGUCAAAGAAUGUAAUAGACGGACCAUCAGUAAAAGAGACGAGAGAAGAGGACAAAGACGAACACGAGGAGGAAUUUGAAGAGAGCUUGGAGGACAGCAGUGUGGAGGAUUUGCAAGACCGGGAACUGAGGAUGUCUCUAGAUCUUUCACCAGCCCUGAGCUCCAACCACAUGACAGCAGAGGAGGAGAGAGUCUUAACAGAUUAAAGUUUUAUUUAAACUGGAGAGCUACGUUCGAAGUUUGGAACUCUAUAUGCUACAGAAUUAAAGACAAGGCGAGUUGCCGAGAAACAAAGUUAUCGAAGCUCUGACCCUUCAUACUUUUGUUUUUCAGAAAAUGUCUUGAAUAUUCAUUUUCCAGAAGACGAAGGGGGCGAGGGGAAGAAUCGCCCCCGGCAUUAUUUCUUUGGCAUUAUUUGCCUACUUGAGUGUUGACUGUGGGAGCCUUCAGAAAGUAGUCAAAUUUCCAUAAUAAAAACAGCAUGGAUCUGUAUAUUUUGGGGGGAGAUGUUUUUGUAGGCCAAUUUUGUAUUUCCCCCCAUGAUUAACCACAAAGUUCAUGUCUUUUAAGGUUAUAAUCAGUUUGAUCGGUGAAAGAAGCACUGUUUAAGGGUCG